GGUCAGUUUUGGAAUAUUUUCCUGUGGAGUCGGCCUACAAAUCCACUCAAAAUCGUGCCCAAAUUUCGAGUUUGUGCUGAAAAAUACUUCUAGAUACCGGCGAAAAUGAGUCGGACGGCCUACCAAGCUAGUGGAGACGUGAAAGUUGAGCAUCAUAAAGUAAAAUGGGACCCGAAGACUCUGGAAAUUCGAACUCAUUCGGUGGAAAAAGCACUCGAGCCUCUGGUUCACCAGGUGACAACUCUGGUAAACCAGCCAAAGAAGAGAAGUUCCAAGGUGGGCAAGUCCAAAAAUGCCCACAAACUGGCCCAGGAUAUUGAGGAUGCCACAGUACGCCUGAUCAAGACUGGGGAGUCGAUCUCUAAGGAUUUCCCGGAGAUCCGAGAGGAGAUGAUUGCAGCUUGCAAAGAUUGCCGAGGGGCUGGUGAUACCAUGCACAUCAGCUCCAAGGAGUUUGCCGAUGACCCAUGCACAUCCACCAAGCGCAUGACCAUGGUGCGUGCAGCCCGUGCGCUGCUCUCAUCUGUGACCAGACUCUUGUGUGUUGCUGAUAUGGCCGAUGUGUGCAGACUGCUGGCUUCACUGAAACUGGUCGAGCGACGUCUGAAGGAUCUUGAAGGGGCCAGCAACACAGCAGACCUGCUAAACUCCUUUAAGAACCUGGGCAAUGACCUGAUGAACCUUGCCCAACUCUCAGGAAGGAGACAAGCUGAUCUUAAAGAUCCAUUACGCCGUGAUGAGAUGGCUGCUGCUAGGGCUAUUUUGAAAGAUGCAAGCAAAAUGCUUCUAUCUUCUUCCAAGGCCUAUGUUCGCCAUCCAGAAGUGGCUUCUGCCAAAGCCAACCGAGACUUCAUAAUUAGCCAGAUGAAUGAGGCAGUCAAUUCCAUCUCUGGCACUGCGCAAGCCACAGGACCCAGUGAGCCACAUCCCUUAGAGACCUCAGGCGCACUGGCCAAGGCACUGGAUGACUUUGAUAGUCAAGUUGUGAUGGAUCCAGCGUCAUACUCUGAGAAGAGGACACGCCCAAGCCUUGAGGAGCAGCUGGAGAAAAUCAUCAGUGGUGCAGCACGACUGGCAGAUGCCGACUGUACCCGGGACAACACUCGUGACAGGAUUAUUGCAGAGUGCAAUGCUGUGCGGCAGGCGCUGCAGGAUCUUCUGUCAGAGUACAUGAGCCAUGCUGGCGGUAAGAAGAAAGCCGUCCCUGGAGGGCCGCUGGACAAGGCUAUAGAGAAGAUGUGCAACAAGACAAGUGGACUCAGGGGACAGCUGCGUAAGGCUGUGGUGGACAAUGUUGCAGAUUCCUUCCUUGAGACCAGUCUCCCUCUGCUGAUGAUGAUAGAGGCUGCACAGGCUGGGAACGAGAGGGAAGUAGAAGAGUGUGCUAAGCUCUUCCUUAAUCAUGCUGCCAAACUUGAAGAGGUUGCUACCCUGGCCUGCUCCAUGUCUAAUAACCCCGAGAAGGUUAAGAUGGUCAGAAUUGCAGCUAGGCACAUCCGGGCUCUAGCUCCCCAGGUGGUAAAUGCUGCACGCACCCUUGCCGCCAGGCCCCAUAGUAAGGUUGCUCGGGAGAACAUGGACGUGUUCAAGGAUGCCUGGGAGAAGCAGGUCCGAGUGCUGACUGAAGCUGUGGAUGAUGUCACCAACAUUGAUGACUUUCUUGCUGCGGCAGAGGCGCAUAUUUUGGAAGACGUGAACAAGUGUGUGCAGGCCCUCCAGGAACGUGAUGUAGAGUCACUGGACCGGACGGCCGGACAGAUUCGCGGUCGGACACAGCGGGUGGAUGACGUGGUGACGUCUGAGAUGGAAAAUUACCAAAAGGGGCCGUACACUGACAAUGUGCACCACGCAGUCAGAGUCAUGAGGGAGGAAGUGAUUCCCCAUUUCGCGAAGGCUGUGGAGCAGUCUGUUGGUGAGCUCCACAAGGGUCCCAACUCAAAGCCAGACGAGCCCAAGUUUGUUGAUGCCUCAAAGCUGGUUUAUGAGGGUAUUCGUGACAUCCGCCGUGCAGUGAUGGCUGGAAAGAGGGGAGCUCGUAGCCCGGACAUGGAGGAUGCCGCACAAGCUCUGUUUGCUGAGGCGCAGGCUAAAGCGCGGGAACAGGCCGCUUAUGACGCCCUCAAGGCCAGCGGCAAAGUGCAGAUCGAGCUGCGUGGCGAGGGAGGUGAUGAUGAAGGUGGCAUGGGCACGGCGAGUAUCCGUGUAAACGGCGUCGAGUACUGCCCGUGUAAGACUGGCCAUAACAUCGUGGUGCUGGAUCCCACGGGCGAGGUCGCCGCUGUCAAGAGCUUCAAUACGAACGCGGGUGAAGGCGCGGACAUGGCACGCUUCCUGGAGGAGUUACCCGACGAUCACAUGGUCCUCGUGGCCACACAGGACUUGACAGGAAAAGAACAAGGAAACAACGCCCACCUCGCUGCUAAGGCCUUGGAAGCCUUAGGCGCCCCUAAAGGCUCCGCAAGCCCCGUCUAUAAGAGCUCGUUUGCGCUUGCCGGGUGUACGGGGCCGACCAAGAGAUACUGGAGUACGGCAGAGAUACGACCCAGAUACCAGGGGCCGUCAAUCAUCGCUACUAUCAUCCCCACCCCUGCAGCUCAAGCAGGUCAAAUCAAGGUUGCAAUCAAGGCAGAAGGUGCGGACGACCCCAACUCUACCGGCCGCACCUCCAUGAAGGUAAACGGCAUCGAGCGAUCCCCCAUGCAGCGAGGACACAAUGUGGUGAUCCUAGACAGCGCGGGAAACUUCAUCAUGGCCACACACUUCGACACGGCUGACUCGACCAAGGGAGAUGGUGCUAAAAUGGCCAAGUUCCUGGACAACCUGCCUAAGGAACGGAUGGUGCUUAUGGCCACCCAGGGCACUACCGGCACGGCCGUGAACGACGCCAAAUCCUCGCUCUAUAACCUCGGCGCACAAGGCAACGUACACCCCGGCUUCCACGCCUCGUGGGCGUUCGCCGGCUACACGGGGCCAGAGAACGUCAAGUGGGCAAAGACCGUCACCAAGGCGCGAUACGAGGGCCCAGCGGUCAUCAACGAAAUGAUCACGACGCCGGCCGCCGAGACUGAGCUCAGCUUGAUGCAGGAAUCUGAAAUCGAGGCUGCCUCGGAUUAUGAGCCGGUGUCCGACUACGAAGGCGCUCCAGGCCAUUACUCUGAGUACGAAGAUAACGAAGACGACCCAACCAAGAGCCUGUCCAAGAGAAGCGCAAGGUCCCUGUUCCGCGCUCUACCCGAGGCUGAGAAGAUCAAGAUCGAGGAGCUGACGCAGGGCCUGAUGAGUGAGCGCAAGGCGCUGGAGCGUGAGCUUACCAAGUGGGACGAGUCUGGCAACGAGAUUAUCGUGCUCGCCAAGAAGAUGUGCAUGAUGAUGAUGGAAAUGUCCGACUUUACCCGAGGAACCGGCCCACUGAAGACCACCAUGGACGUGAUAGAGGCCGCCAAGCGUAUCGCCAGAGCUGGUGCAAAGAUGAACAAGCUCGCCCAACCUAUCGCUGAUCGGUGUCCCGAUUCGAGUUCCAAGAACGACUUGUUAGCGUACCUUCAGCGCAUUGCGCUCUACUCGCAUCAGCUGACGAUCACGAGCCGAGUGAAGGCCGACGUGCAAAUGAUCAGCGGGGAACUCGUCGUUUCUGGGUUGGACAGCGCGACAUCUCUGAUCACAUCCGCUAGAAACCUGAUGAACGCCGUCAUUCUCACCGUCAAAGCAUCCUACGUCGCAUCCACAAAGCACAAGUCUGGUAGCGUCAAAUCACCUGUGGUGUCGUGGAGAAUGCGUGCUCCUGAAAAGAAACCGCUGGUCCAUCUUGAAGCGCAAGACGAGCGCCUUGCCGAUCUUCAGCGCGCCGAUCAAGUCCGACAAGAAUCUCCCAUUCAAGCACUCAGCGAGUUCGACACUGCCGAGCGCCGACGGAAGCCCGACUUCUACUAGACGGGGCACCGUCGGUCGCCCAAGCCUCUACACUUGGUUUCAGGAGCUUGGGAAAACGGUCAAGCCUUUUUUUAAGAUUUGCAAAGGGUCUGACGUGUUUUCACCACUAGCUAGAUCUUGAAUGAAUACUAGAAAUGUUAGAUAGACGAUAGUAGAUAGAUGAUAAGUUAUUUCACGCAUUUCUAUGCAUGUCUUUUUGGCUUCAGCCCUCUAGGUACAAAAGGGUUUAACCACCUACCUUCUUGUACGGGGGUAUGAGUUAUUUUAUACAGUGUUUCAAAUGAUAUUUUGUAGAUCUACUCACAAACUUUUCAAGGAAAGAUAGAACUAGAUUUGUAAAGAAAAUAAUAAAAAGAAAGAUAGCGCUAAA